AUGGCCCCGACUGAAAACGGCACGGACAGUGAUAUCGGGAGUCCGAUCGGUACACCGGAAAUGCCCCAGGACGAGCCCGAAGAGGAACGCAAAACGGUCCACGAGCUUGAAGCGCAACCACUUUCCGGUGACCUUCCGGAAAAGGUUCCAACCGAUGGCGACCCGCUAACGUUGACAAACGCACCAAACAACCCCAAACCGGUGGAAACGAUCGGCUGGAAAGAUGGCUACCAACAGGUGCUCGCGACGUGCCUCGUCAAUCUGCUCGUCAUCCAGGCGGGCAUCAACAUGACGUACUCGGCCAUCCUGCUGCCCCAGCUGUCCGAACCGGACAGCCCGAUACUGAUUGGGCGCGCUGAAGCCUCCUGGAUUGCGUCGGUGGUGACGAUCGCCCUACCGCUCGGAUCACUCGUCGUUGGCCAGCUGAUGGAUCAGUUCGGACGCAAGCUAGUGUCACUGGCCACCUGUGUGCCGUUCGCGAUCGGUUGGUUCCUGAUCGCUGGUGCCUCGAAUGUCAGCAUGAUCUACGUGGCUCGCAUCAUCCUUGGCACGUCCGGUGGCCUCACGACAGUGGCCCUCGUGUACGUUAGCGAAAUCUCGCACGUAUCCUUGCGCCCGAUGCUACUGUGCGCAAACAGUGUGUUCGUGUCCUUCGGAAUACUGCUCACGUGCGUGCUAGCGGUGUUUUUCGACUGGCGAGCGAUUGCGUACAUCUACGCAGCGUUUUCCGCUGUCACGUUCCUUCUGAUUCUGCUCAUCCCCGAGUCACCGCACUGGCUGGUGACAUUCACCAAAAAGGACCCUGCGAAAGCGCGCAACGUUCUCAACUGGCUGUACCGCGAUCGGAAGCUGGCAGACGAGCAGUACGUGCAGAUUGUCGCGAAUGCUCACCCGGCACGACACGAUCCCGGAUCGAACGCAAAAGGACACCGAACGGUGGGCUCGUUUACGCUGAAAGUGCUCCUGCAACCGCGCGUAUACCGGCCCAUGCUCAUCCUGCUGCUGGUGUUCGUGUUCCAGCAGCUGUCCGGUGCGUACGUGCUCAUCUUCUACGCCUUGAACGUGUUCCAGGAGAUAAACCGGGCGACGUUAGGUGAGCAACCGGGUGCCAGCUUCAACCAGUACACUGCGCUGGUCGUGCUGGGGUUGAUACGUUUCGUGAUGUCGAUCAUAACGUCUGGCUGCUCACGGAAAUACGGACGUCGCCCGUUGCUGUGCAUUUCCGGACUGGCCAUGGGCGGGUGCAUGAUCUUUGGCGGGCUUUAUCUUGAUGUGGUGCACGAUCGCCUCGGUGUGAAUGCGGUGAUCGGUAGCUACGUCCUGCUGGUGUGUGUCCUUGGUUACGUGUGCUCCAGCGCUCUCGGGUAUCUGGUGUUGCCCUGGACGAUGAUUGGUGAGCUGCUGCCGACGGAUGUCAAAGGAAAGCUCGGCGGAUUGACCGUGUCCGUCGCGUAUGUGCUGAUGUUCGGUGUGGUCAAGAUUUUCCCCUAUCUGCUCGAACUGGUGACGAUACGGGGGAUCUUCUAUCUGUACGCGGUCACCAGCUUUGCCGGCGUGGCGUACAUCUACCGGUAUGUGCCGGAAACGUUCGGCAAGAGCUUCGCCGACAUCGAGCAGCAGUUUGCAGACAACCGCCAUCGACAGGCGAGAGUGCAGGUUAAAGGAAGUGUUAGCUAAAAAAUACACUCCUUCGUGUGUGUGUGUGUGUUUGAGUGAUUGUGUGAGAUUUCGAUUUAGUUAAGGUACCUACUUUGCGGUGCGUUUGGACGGCAUUCGCGAACGGAAUGUGAUUAAUAUAGAAGCUGGCAGAGUGGAGUUCCUGCCACACACCCUACGAGAUGUGCGAGAAGUUACUAGAGAUGGGCGGGAGGCGAGAAAGCCUAAACUUUAAAUAAGUCUUCCAUGUAGUAGCUUUAGCUAGGCGUAACGAACAGUACGAUGAACUGGAGCAUCUUGAGCCAAAAAAAAACAGAAACGUUAGAGAAACAGAAGAUUACCACUAACAAAACCAAACUCAUUUUACACGAGACGUAAAGGUUGAGCGAGUAACACAGCUGCGCUUAAAUAGCUAAUGAAAAGACGAGCAACUUGUUGGAGGCUGUAGAUUGUAUGGAAGAGUACGCUCUUCUGUGGGAGCAAUAUUUUAUAUUAUAGAGAUUUUUUUUCUAUCAACCGUAUGUACAACGAACGAAACGAGAAAAAUAAAGAGGACUAUUUU